AUGUCUCCUGUCUACAUUCUCCUCCUGCUGGUCCCUGUGAGCUCGGCUCAGACUUUUCACUGGGGUCCCUGUCCUACUCCAGAGGUGCAAUCUAACUUCACCCUUCAACUGUACCUGGGAGAGUGGUACGAGAUUGCAAAGCUGCCUGCUUACUUUGCAAUAGGAGAGUGCAUCCAGGCAAACUAUUCUAUGAGGGAAGAUGGGACAGUGAGAGUACUGAACUCUCAGGUGUUAAACGGCAAAAUGUGGGUUGUAGAGGGGACAGCCAAAGUUAUGGAACCAAAAGAACCAGCCAAGCUUGGAGUCCAGUUCACAUCUUUUCUUCCCUACUCUCCAUACUGGGUUGUGUCGACUGACUACACCACCUAUUCUGUAGUGUACUCCUGCACAGACAUCUUUAAGAGAUUCCAUUUCAACUUUGCCUGGAUUUUCUCACGGUCGCCCACCUUGCCUACAGUAAUUGUGGAUUAUGCUAAAAAGCUGCUGAUUGAAGAAGGAAUCGACAUUUCCAAGAUGACCCACACAGAUCAGAACUGUAUUGUGUAA